UAUGCAUCCCUGUAGAAAUUAAAAAACCCAAUUAUCAGCUUAGCAUCAGCAUCAUCUUGACUGUUUAUAAAAAUAGCUUGUAAACAGAUAUUGAUUUUCGGCAGUAUUUUCCAGCUGUUUGAUACCAUGUACAUGGUACUAUUGGAUUUAGCCUCAACAAUUCGACAAGUGCAUGCAAUUUUCUGGUGAUAUUAUGUAGUAUUAGGGUGAAACAGCUUGGAGUAAAUAAAAAAAAAUAACAGGUUGAUCUCUGAUUGUGAUUGUGACGGAGUUAUAAAUGAUAUAUUGAUGUGGCAGAAAGUAAAUGUGUUUUGAUGUAAAUGAUCUUGGAUAGGAUAUUGAAUGGGGUUAAAAAGAAAUAUGAACAGGAGGAGACAACAUCAUAUGUAUUUUGGUACAAAAUGGUACAAUAUAUUUGGUGGGAAACAGAGGAUGAAGAAAGAAGACUCAGAGCUAGGUGAGUCGCUGCUGGACAUAACAGAAAAUGGCCACGCUAAAAUGGUUAUCGACAGACCAAUCUUCAACCAGCAGAAACUUGAUGAGGGAUUUGAAGCUGGAGUUAGACCACAAAGUUCAUUGAAAUCUUCAUGUCGGAAAGCAUGCUCAAAAUGUACAUGCUCAAAGACUUGCUGCAAGAAUUUUCUUUUUGGAAUUUUUCCAUUCUUGUCUAUUCUAAAGGGAUACAAUGUGAGAUCAGAUCUACCAAGUGAUAUCAUAUCUGGACUUACUGUAGGAAUCAUGCACAUACCUCAAGGCAUGGCUUAUGGUAUGUUGACAGGCUUAGACCCAGUAUAUGGACUUUACGUUUCAUUUUUCCCAGUCAUUGUAUACUUCUUCCUUGGAACAUCAAGACAUGUGUCUAUGGGAACUUUUGCUGUGGCAUGCCUAAUGGUUGGUUCAGCAGUCGACAAGGGAGUGGCCAAGUUUGGUGGUGUUUUUGAAGGCUGUAAUGAUACUGUUGUUUCAAUAGCAGAUAUAAAUGGGACUAAUGUAACCCAAAUUGGCAGUACUGGAGCCUGCCAAGAUGAAAUCAAGUUACAGGUUGCUAUGGCAGUUACAUUGAUGGUUGGACUCAUACAGCUAGGAAUGGGUGUCGCACAGUUAGGAUUUAUAACUACCUACCUGUCAGACCCUCUAGUCAGUGGAUUUACAACGGGAGCAGCCUGUCAUGUAUUUACUAGUCAGAUUACACAUGUGUUUGGUAUAUCUACUGCAAGAUACAGUGGGGCACUCAAACUUGUUUAUACAUACAGAGACUUUUUCACAAAUAUACCACAUACAAAUGCAGUGACUCUUAUAGCAUCAGUUAUAUGUAUGGUGUUUCUGUAUACAAUAAAAACAUAUAUCAACCAGAAUCCAAAAAUAAAACCAAGACUGAAAAUGCCUGUACCUGUAGAGUUGAUAGCAGUUGUUUUAGGAACUUUAAUUUCCUAUGGUGCUAACUUGCAAAGAGAUUUUGGUGUCACACAGGUCGGAGAUAUUCCUGUUGGGAUGCCUAUACCUAAAGUACCAAAUUUCAGUAUGAUACCAGAUGUGAUAGCAGAUGCCUUUGCCAUUAGUAUUGUUGUUUUUGCCAUUUCUGUUUCCAUGGGCAAGAUAUUAGCCAAAAAAUAUGAUUAUGAGAUUAAUUCCAAUCAGGAGUUAAUAGCAUAUGCAGCUUGUAAUAUAGUCAGUUCAUUCUUCUCUGCCUUUGUUUCAUCAGCAUCAUUAUCCAGAAGUCUUGUUCAAGAAAAUGUUGGUGGUAAAACACAGGUAGUAGGAUUAGUGUCUAGUGCUUUACUUUUAAUGGUCUUGCUGUUGUUAGGACCUUACUUCAAAACAUUACCAAAGUGUAUCUUAGCAUCUAUAAUUAUUGUAGCAUUACAAGGAAUGUUUAGACAGUUUUUUGAGCUUCAAAGAUUAUGGAAGCUAUCAAAAAUAGAUUUUUUUAUUUGGUUAUCCACAUUUUUAGCCACUGUGCUGUUAGAUGUAGAUCUUGGUCUCCUUGUAGGAGUUGUGAUAGGGUUAUUAACUAUAGUAUAUAGAGUUCAGAGACCAUAUGCAUGUGUAUUAGGUCAAAUUCCAAACACAGAUAUUUAUAGAGAUGUUAAAGUUUAUAAAGAAGCACAAGAAUUUCCAAGAUUAAAAAUUUUCCGUUUUGAAAAUGCUAUAUUUUUUGUUAGUGUAGAACAUUUUCGUAAUACACUGUAUAAAUGUACAAUAAAUCCUCGACAUUUAAAGACUGAGAUAUCAAAAGCUAAAUUGAAAGCAUACAAACAAAGAGAGCAGCAAGAAGUAGAAUAUAAUAUUAGAAAUUCAUCGUCAAAUAUGGAUGGUGGUAGUAUGGAGUUGACACCAAUUGAUUUACCUGAUGUCACAGUUAAUAUUCCUGCAGUCCCAUAUGAUAUUGUUAUACUGGACUGUUCCACUUGGAGUUUUAUUGAUUCUAUGGGGGUUAAAGCUUUAACUAAUGUAAUUAAAGAAUACAGAGAUGUAGAAAUAGAUAUUUACUUAGCCUUCUGUAAAGCUGGAGUUCGAGAAAUGUUUGAGAAGACAGGUUUCUUUGAUAUGUUAGACAGAGAUAAGUUGUUUCCUACUAUACAUGAUGCAGUAUUACAUACUUUUCAAGCACAGAAAAAGGAUGAACCAAAGACAGAAACAUCAGAGGAUGGUGGUCCUUCUAAGAAUGAAUCAGAAAUAAGUCCUAUUGCCACUGAUGGAUCCAGUACAGAUGAAGGUUUAGCUAACCAAGCUUCAGAAGAUGAGAGGCUGUGACGACAGUUGGCCAAAAUUUAACAUAGCUGCCUUUUACAAACAUUAUGAUAUAAGUGAGAGAGGAAUUUGUAAAAGUUUACAAGUUAUAGUGGAAAGAGAAAAUGAAGAGAGAGAAGAAAAGAAAAGACAAAGAAGGAAAAUGAGGAACAAUCUCAUCAAUAUUAAUACAGAAGAAGCUGAAGACACAGUGUAAUGAACUCUUCAGUUUUAGUUACAAAUGGCACAGACACUGUUUUGUCUAAUUAUGGAAUCCAUUUCUGUAAACUAACUUAUUUUUAUAAAUGAUUUACUUUUGUAAAUUUCACUAGCUGAAAAAUAAUGUGAAAUUUGGUCAAACUUGUAUCUUCACUAAGACGAACUCCCUCAGUUUAAGUUGACCUUAACUGAAUUUGGCUAUUUUUUUAAGUCCCUUUAGGUCAUAUAGCCCCUGACUUUUCUAUUUAUUUAUACAUCCAUGGCUUUCAAAUUUUUGGGUUUCAGCUCGUUUCUGAUGAAGGAAAAUCCAGAAAAAAAUCAUAGGACACACAAGGUUUAUGCAGUGUUAUUUUCACAAACACCAACAAAGUUAGAAAAAUAGUGAAAUAAAUCAUAGCGAAAUUGGAUCGUAAUGGGGGUACCUUCAUGACGAAUUUCCCAAAAAAUGAAGUUUGGCAGGCAGGGGUAGAUUAAGGGGGGUGCCCAGGCCCCCCUUAUGGAGCUUUAUUUAUGGUUAAUCCAGACUUUUUACCGGUUUCACUACAAAUUAUGUUAUAUAUCAUAUUUUUGUUGUGGAGAUCUAUUAAUGUGAUAAAUGAUAAAGCCUUGAAAGGCUUUAUCAUUUAUCGCAUUAAUAGAUCUCCACAACAACAAAAAUAUGAUACAAAUGUGCUUAACAAGGUAUAAAGCGAAAAAUUCAUGACGAAAUUAAACGCAUAUGCUUAACAUUUUAGAGGGUCGUAAUGGGGGUACCUUCAUGACGAAUCACGAUAAGGAUAUUUUGACGAAUCACGGUAAAAUUUUAACCAACAUGACGCUAACAGUAGCCGUAAAUGACCGUUUGAUGCCUGAUGGUAAAGGGCAUUCCUACCCUCAUUUUAAACAUAAAGAGUUCUUACAACCUGACAUUUCAUUUUCUGCAUGUGAGGAACUUAAAUUUGAUCUGUAUUAUAUUAUAAGCAUCACUGGAAAGAUUUUUGACUGUCUUCCUUUUUUCGCUGCUGCUAUUUAUUUUUUUUAAAAACAUGGAAGGACACAUUUUUUUUCAUGAAAGCAUCACAGAGAUUAGUUUGUAUCAUGUAUCUUUUUCUAUAGGUAUUGGCAUUCAAUGAAUCAGUAAUACUGUAAUAUACCUUUUAUCAAAUCCUUCCUUGACCAGAGCAUAGAAAUGAUUACUGUAUGAACGUAGUAUUGUAAAUGAGUAAAAAGUGGUCAAUUUAGCUUUGAUCUUUAUUUUUAAUCAAAUGGUAAAAAUGACUUAUUUUCCGACUGAAAUUUUGAUACAAAUUUCCCCAAAAAUGAAGUUUGGCAGGCAGGGGUAGAUUUAGGGGGGUGCCCAGGCCCCCCUUAUGGAGCUUUAUUUAUGGUUAAUCCAGACUUUUUACCAGUUUCACUACAAAUUAUGUCUAGUUUUGGGGCCCACGCCCCCCCCCCCCCCCCCUUUUCAAAAUCCUGGAUCUGCAUCUGGCAGGCCCUUUUGCUUCAUAGAAUAAAUGGCUGAAAUAUUCGUAUUAUAGGUUUCAAGAGCCUUAACAAGAUUGUACAUAUUCAUAACCAGAUAACUUAGCCUUCAUUAUACAUACAUUCAUUAUUAUAAUUGCAUUCGUUUUGCUCAAUACGUAAUUAUUGUUUGUGAUAUUUAAAUAUGUUUUUAUCAGACACAAAAGUUUUCCUGUGAUAUAACAGUAUUUAUUGUCGUAUUUCUACAUAUCCAACGUAUCUUGAAUUGUAAUAAACUUGAAAGUAAAAUGGAAAGGAAUGUCAUUGAAUGAAUUUUCUCAAAAUUUAGAGCUAACAAUAAGAAAUUGAAUAUGAUUCCAGUAACAGUGAAAAAUAGACUGUUUUAACAGUAGACUUAAUUAUUUCCCUUAUUAAUUAAAUUAAAUAUUGAUUAAAAAUGAUAUUUUGCAAAUGAAUUUCAAUUAUUGGCAGCAUCAUUAGAAGUGUAUAUUUAUCUGUAAGGAGGUAUGUUUUCCUAAAAUUAUGUUGAGAAAAUAGCAGCAGAGAUUUUUUCCCCUAGCUUUUGUGUGAAAUAUAAUAGAGUUGUUUCUAUGGAAUGAAUGGACUUAUUUGUUAAUUUUGUUUGUUUUUUUUUGCCUUAUUGACGUUUAAACAACAUAUUCUUAUGUUCUUAGAAAGGAUUGGGGCAGCUAUUUUUUAACCAAAGUCAAAUUUGCUGUUGAUAGAUCCAUGUUAUUGAUUUCGGGUUUUUAUCAUAUGUGAUAAAUGUGAUUUUCUAUGCAUUCAUGUAUUUUCAUUUUUGUUCUUAUUUUUGAUGAAAGACAUACACAUGUGAGGGUAAACCAAGAUCCUUUCACAGGUAGAGGAAAAAAUUGGUCACAUAUACCCUUAGUUUUAGCACAUACUGUCAUACAUGUAUAUUCAAAUAUCUGAAGCAAGAUAUGAUUUUUUUUUUCAAAUGUGGCUAUUGACUUCCUUCCUUAAUUUUUCUGCAUCCAUAUUUCACAAUUUUGUUUAUUGUAGCAAGUUUGCUGGUAUUUUUGUUCAUUGACUUUCAUUACUGUGAUAUGUUAUGAACAGUUUUUCAUGGGAAAAUAUUUCUUCUGGUUAUGCAGGUACAUGUAUAGCAAUAAUAGUGAAAUAUGGGAACUGUAAAAAUUAAGAUCUGUACAGGUUAAAGUCAAAUAUGUGCUUAGACAACUAUUAAAAUCAUCAAGGUUCAUCUUCAUGAAAAUGAGUCUGUUUAAUGAUAUAAUGUUGAAUAAAUAUGUAUCUACUAGUUUAAUAAACAAUCACAGUUUCCUAUAACAUUUUCAUUCUUGUCUGUUUUUUUUUUUUUUGGCUAUAGUAUUUUCAUAUUUCCAUACAUCUUAAAUAUAUAUUUAUGUGUCCGUUCCAAAUCAACAAGGCUUCUAUAGUCUAAGAACAAAAGUGAUUGUAACAUUCAUGGAUUCAUAGUCUAAUAAUAUAAUGAAUUAUGGUAAAAACAAAUAUAAAAGACAACUAUGGAAUUUCUGAUUGUUUUUUUUAAAUUUUAAAAUGGACAGACACUUUUAAUUGUCACAGAUUUACCAGUUAAAUGAAAUUUUAUUUUAACCAUUACUAGGGCAAUUUGUUUUAUUUAAUGUUUAUUGACUUCAAUUCUCUGAACUGUUAAUCAUAUAUAUCCAGUUUAUUCCUAGUCUAAUCAUGAAUUUGUAAUUAACAAUUUUGUCAUUAAUAAUUAUAUGUGAUAUUAAAGUCAAAUCUUCAAAUUGAUCUUACAACCAAAGCAAUUUGAAUGUAUGUUCAAUCAUGCAUAAUUCUUUCUGAUAGACGAGCUCUACAAAUAAGUCAAUCAGCUGAAGUCAUAGGUAAAGAUAGUAUUGUUUUUCUUUUAUUGUGAUGUGUGGAUAUGUUGAUGAAAAAUCAAAUUUAGAAAUGUUUAUUAAUUUUUCCAUCUGAUGUAAAUAUUGUUUUUGUUUUUAUUGUUGACAUAUUUAAAGUAUAUAUAUUUAUAUCAUGUAAAUAAAAUGAAUUGGAAAGGUCA